AUGGAACACUCGGUACUCAGAAUAACAUGCGUCUUGGUGGUUAUCUGUCUCUUGGAUAAAAGGGUAGACUCCAAUGAAAUCUUGGGACUGAAGCUCCCCAACAUUGACCCAAUCCUGAAUGCCAACACGGUGUGUCUGACACUGCCGGGGCUGACGCGGCGCCAGCUGGAGGUGUGCAUGCGGAACCCAGACGUAACGGCUUCAGCAAUCCAGGGAAUCCAGAUUGCCAUCCACGAGUGCCAGCACCAGUUCAGAGGGCACCGCUGGAACUGCUCCAGCCUGGAGACUAGGAACAAAAUACCCUAUGACAGCAUAGUCUUUAAAAGAGGUUUUAGAGAGAGUGCCUUUGCGUACGCCAUCGCAGCAGCAGGCGUGGUGCAUGCAGUGGCCAACGCCUGCUCCAUGGGCAAACUGAAGGCAUGCGGCUGUGAUGAGAAGCGACGUGGGGACGAGGAGGCCUUUCGCAUCAAACUACACCGCUUGCAGCUAGAGGCCAUCCACCGGGGGAAGGGUAUGGUACACGGCGUCAUGGAGCACUUUCCCGCCGACCUGCCGGGACCCCAGGACUCCUGGGAGUGGGGCGGCUGCAGCCCUGAUGUGGAAUUCGGAGAGAAGUUCUCGCGGGACUUCCUGGAUGCCCGUGAGACGUACAAAGACAUCCAUGCCCGUAUGAGGCUGCACAACAAUAGAGUUGGGAGACAGGUGGUGCUUGACCACAUGAGAAGGAAAUGCAAGUGCCACGGGACGUCGGGGAGCUGCCAGCUAAAGACCUGCUGGCAAGUCACCCCAGAGUUCCGGGUGGUGGGCUCAAUCCUCAAAGAGCGCUUCCACAUCGCCACGCUUAUCAAGGCUCACAACCGGAACACCGGACAGCUCGACCACUCCCACAACAACAACAACAACCACCACAACCACCAUAACCAUCACAACCACCACAACCACCACCACCAUCACCACCAUCAGAACAACCACCAUCACCACCACCACACGCAUCGGCGGCGGCCAAGCAUCAAUGAGCUGGUCUACUUUGAAAAGUCACCAGAUUUCUGCGAGCGGGACCUGGGGUCGGACUCGGCCGGGACGCAGGGCCGGAUCUGCAACAAGACCAGCCCCGGCAUGGACAACUGUGAGAGUCUGUGCUGCGGGAGAGGCCACAACAUCCUGCAGCAGACGCGGAGCGAACGCUGCAACUGCAAGUUUCACUGGUGCUGCUAUGUGGUCUGCGAAGAGUGCAGGAUAACAGAGUGGGUCAGCGUCUGUAAAUGA